ACUCGUCCUGUGGGAGUGGGAUUGUAAAGGAAUAUGCAGAGAUAAAAAAACAAACAAACAAACAAACAAAACAACCGGUUUUAUUUUUUGCAACCAAACCAGACAGAGCCAUAGUUGGAUUGGUGUUAUUGUUUACCAACAUGAACUCGAUGUUUUUUUCCGAUACUCCGCCCGGUGCGGUCUGCAACGUUCCUACGGGGACCAGCGCCCUGCGAAAUGACCUGGGCUCUAACAUCCAUGUGCUGAAGACCCUCAACCUGCGAUUCCGCUGCUUUCUCGCCAAAGUCCACGAACUCGAGAGGAGAAACAAACUACUGGAGAGCCAGCUGCAGCAAGCUCUGCAGAGACCGCAGUACCGCGCACUUUACGCCCGGGAAGUCGCCGUGCAGACGGACGGUCCCGAGUCGCGGCUACCGGGCACUAUUUGGAGUUUCACCCACGUCCGGAGACAAGGGGAGCGCUUGGAGACCCUGCACGGGCCCGGGGUGACGUGGACGCAUCCGGAUGGAGUCGGGGUCCAAAUAGACACCAUUACCCCAGAACUGAGGGCUCUGUAUAACGUGCUGGCCAAAGUCAAGCGGGAGAGAGACGAGUAUAAGAGAAAAUGGGAGGAGGAGCUGUCCAGACGAGAGCAGCUGGAGUCCACGGUGGGAUCCUUGCAGCAGAGGGUCCAGGAGUCAUCAGAGAUCCAGGAUGAUCUAAACGAAAAGGUGGACAGACUGAAGGCUGAACUCGUGGUCUUCAAGAGUCUGAUGAGUGAUCAAAUGUCUGACCUGGACACCAAGAUUCAGGAGAAAGCCAGACGGGUGGACAUGGACAUCUGCAGACGGAUUGACAUCACGGCCAAACUAUGCGAUGUGGCUCAACAACGCAACUCUGAGGACAUGUCAAAGAUGUUCAGCGUCAGUCCGGCCAGAUCGCUGCCAGACAGGUCACUAUCAGAGAAGGGUGCGGUGGCGUGCUGCAGGAGAAAAGAGCGUAAAGUGGUGUCUGAUGAGGACAGUUCAGAUAUGGAUGCGGAGCCCAGCCCUUUAGAGGAGGAUGUUCCUGGGUCGCUCAACAUCACAGAUGAAAUGAAACGCAUGCUCAAUCAGCUGCGCGAGACAUUCGAAAUCGAUGACGACUGUGACAGUCUGACGUGGGAGGAAAACGAGGAGACUCUGUUGCUAUGGGAGGACUUCACAAACUACAACGUACCGUGCGCCAUCACUGCAACGACCUGCACAACCACCUGCCCCACCGACGGUAACGGCGAAGUCGCUGAUCCAGACUCCCAGGAUGGAAGUCUUGGCAGCCUCAUUGAUGAAACAGAGUCACUAUUUAAGACCAGAGAGCAGGAGUACCAGGAGACCAUCGGACAGAUUGAGAUGGAAUUGGCCACGGCAAAGAGCGACAUGAACCGGCAUCUGCACGAGUACAUGGAGAUGUGCAGCAUGAAGCGAGGCCUGGAUGUGCAGAUGGAGACCUGUCGACGGAUGAUUAAAGGUGGCAGGAACUCUCCCUCUUUCAGCUCUGUGGCCAGCAGCGACUCAGGGAACACAGACGAGAUCCAGGAUGAGAUUUCGGACAAGGACGCAGAGGCUGAAGGCCCCGUUAGUUGAUGGCUACAUAGCCGGGCUUUGUCCCAACUCUUCCUGACCGCCCCUUGUUGUCAAAGGGGAUAAAUGUGUAUAGAUCUCCACCCUGCUAGUGAGGUGGUCCAACCUAAAUGUGGGCCUGUUUGACCUAUUCAAGUUCUGAUGGUCGUGCUCAUUGGUGCAGGCUCAGAACUGGUGCUUUUAUACUAUUUCUGUUCUUUAAAUAGCGGUGGGGGCCGUCUUUGCUUCACAAAGAGAGAGGGGUGCAUAAAGAAUCUGAGCUGUGCUCUCUUCCUCAUUGCUGCCUCGCUGGAUCCUUGCUCAGAGCUUCACAUCAUUUUGGGCGAGAGAAAAAAAAUAUUCUCAAAUGUUUUACUGGCCAACAAGUAUUUUCUACAAAUUCUUACCCUACUAAGAUCCUUUUUUUCUAAAGGAAUUGAAAAUAGUACAUAUUGUGCUCCUUACAAAAACAAAAUCCAUCUUUACAUAUACUUUUUAAUAUUUAAUUUAGACUGAAAAAAUGUCUGCGCCCCACAAUUGGAAUAAAAUUUUCUUUUUGACAUGAUUCAUGGAGGUCCAGGUCCAGGUCCAGGAGGGGUAUUUGUAAUCCAAAUUAAACUGUUGGGGGUUUGAGUGUCUUCUGCCAAGGAGACAAAAACAAGAGACAAAUGGUGUUGGAGUUCUGAUGGUUUCUGAGGGAACGCUGCAGGGUUUGCCAAAGUUGACAGAGGAAAGGAGCACAGCCUUUUGAUGCAUCAGUGCACUACUGAAGUUCUAUGCAAUUUAGCUGGCCUUAUUUUCGGACUGGCUUUCACCCUUCCUCGUUUCUUUUAAAACCAAUACAAUUAGCCUUUUAAGCAAAGCAGGUGUUUUCUAUGUAUCAUUUUAAGAACUUCUUUUCGUGCAUUUGAGUGUGAAAUAGUAUGGAACAUUUGUUUUUUCAUGUACAUCAAAGUUAAAAACUGGAACAGCGCCCCCCCCAAUGAUCUCCAACAUUUACUCUGCCUUAUGCCAGUAGCUACUGAAACAGGCGGGUGCAUUGUUCUGAUUCUGACGUACUUUAUAUGUACUUGUGCAGUUUAUUUUGAGCACACCAGGACACAUUAUUUUAAAUGAAUAAAAUCCGUUAGUUGUUAUUAGAUAAAUCAAGAAUAUUAUCAAAGCCAAACAAUGCCCUUAAACCUCUAAAGCAAAACCAAAGGACACAUUUUGAAAAGCUUCCCUUUCAUAUUAUCUUCCUACAUGAUCAUCAUCAUAUUCACUUUAUUUGGGGAAAUUAUAUUCUUUUUUUAUGUGGUUUCAUUAUAAGUUUUCAUCUGUAUUUCCUGCUGUGCCACAGGGGACUCUGUUCCAGGAAGGUUGCACAUCCUGCUUUGUCUCUUCUGAAUCGGGGCUCCAAUUGUCAGACUGUACAUAGAGGGCUGUAGUCAUGUGAUCGUAUACCCCAGAGGCCUUUUUGUUCAUAUUAGUCUUUUUUGCAACAGAUUUAGAAGUGUCACAAUUCGCUGGAUUAGCGUAGAAACUGAUCGAUGCAUGGGGACAGAAGUGAUCUUUUUAUCACCUCUUUGUAUUAUAAUGUAUGUAUGGUUUGCUGGAUCAAAGAUAAGUGCUACUUCUAUCUUGAAGUUUUUAAGAAGCAGAAUGUUAAAAUACAAGCCUUUUUGUUAUUUCAGCAUGUUUGUGUGAGGAAAAGGAGCUGUGGAUCUUUUUUUUUUAAUUAUAAUAUUAUAUUUUGAAUGAAAUAGCUGCAAUGCAGACUGUGCGCUAUGUUUUUAAUCAAAACACUUGUCUUGUCCUAAUCAUCAAUUAACUGUAUUUGUGGCAGAAAAUGUAUUUUUCACUGUUUUUUAAUCAUUAUAUGUUAACCAAAAAGUGUGAUAUUGUCGCCAUAUUCAGCUAUUAUUAAUUUAGCAGGUAUAUUGAAAUUUGUUCUAAAUGUUUUGGUCACUUAUUGACCAUAUCAGAUCACCCAUAAUAAAAACUAAUUGACUAUAAUCAAACAAGAGUGAGGAGCAGCUUCACUCACAGAGAAUAUAUCCUUUUACCUUUAUAUGUUGAUGUAAAACCAGCCUGACAAGUAACAAAGAGCCAUUCUUUUAUCAGUACUGUACUUUGUAGCGGCGACAUCAAACACAUUUAUUGAUUGUAUGGCUGUUACAUCGAGGAACAGCAGGCCUAACGACACAGUUCGCCGUCUUUCAUGCUUCCUCUGUGAGAUUGUAGCCCACACCACCGUGACCAUCACACUAACCAGCCAACCAAAGCAAAUGUGUACAGAAACAAAGAUGUAAAUCAAGCUAUGACUCCUACUAACUCUGGAAAGUCUCAGUGUUUGUACAUGCCUACCACAGAUGUGUUAGUUUGCAGGUAUUAGCUGAUUUAGAAAACAAAAAAAAAUCAGUAAUAAUUCUUGCAAACUACAAGAUGUUUCGUGUUAUCGCCACUCUCCCAUCACUUGAAGCAGGUAAAGUCUCAAUUACAUCUAUUCAAAAAACCGUAGCAACCCCUUGUUGAAUGUAGCUUGACUGGAGGUAUCCUCUGAAGACCUUAUAAGUAAAAGCUGAGCAAAAAAAAAAAAAAAAAAAAAAGUAGCCGUUAAAAUCCAGGGAUAUAUGGUGUGCUGUUAAUUACUGGAGACCUUGGUAUGUUUUGCUUUACUGAACUGGUUCUUACCUGACCAACUUACAGUAUGUGACCUAUGUAUGUAAAUUAGGUCGUGGUGGAUGUGAAUGUUUCAUACUAAAAAAAAAAAGGGUUUUAUACGAGUGGUUUUUAUCAGUGUAGCACUGGGAUUAUAUGGUUGUGUUAACUGUUGUGUCAACGUACAGUUUUACAUGUCCAUCAGCACACCUGUUUGCUGUCAACAUCACUAUCGCCUUCGCUUUUUCAUUUCCUCAACGUGACUGGGAGAUGAAAGGUGCAGCAAUACUUGUGGCCAUAUUUGGGUAGAGUCUAUUGAACUGUAUUGGAUACUGGUCUUUUGAGUUUCAUUUACAUCACAGGUACAGUCCUGGUGAUCCAUUUUAUUUUCUGCUUUAAUUGCUUUCUCUCUUAGAUGUGUGGGAUUUUUUUUUCUUCUUUUGUUUAAACUAUUGACACGAUGUAUUCAUGUUGGUCUGGGGCAGAUUGUUUCAAAAUAAUGAAUGUACUCAAUUGAUACUGGGGUAAGAUGAAAUAAAAUGGUGGAUUGGAUAAAAA